GCCUAGGGACAAGGAGUGGGAGUGCAGAGGGGCUGGUAAGAGCUUUGGCUUCUCAUUUUAGGGUCAUUAAUGCUUCCUUAAGGGGAAGAAGGGGCUGGAUUGGUGGCUCCAGUGCCCAUUCCCUCAUCUGUAGUCAUUCUUGUGAAACAAAACUUGGCUAAGCUUUGUAUUGUGGUUAUUUGUGUCUACCUUCCACCCUCCUGUGAGUUCCUUAAAGGCAGAGACCAUGUGUAACAUGUUACUGAGUUUGUAGGGUCCCGCAUGGGUAGUAGGACCCCAUUUUUCACUGGUUGAGUAACCUGGGAAGCAGACCAAAGGGGGCACAUUUCAAAUAGCAGUCUGAGGACUUGGUGGUGAGAAAGAGCUGGUAGAGGUGAGCACCAGCUGGUGGAAGCCCAUAGAAGAGAUUAGCAGGGGAAGGACUCAAUGAAGAAAAUUCAGGAUGCUGCUUUACCACCUAGAGGAAGUUUUAAACCAGCGGUUCCAGGGUUCUCCCGGCCUCUCUCUGGCCCCCGUCCCGAGGCUGGGAGAUCCUGAAGCCGAGACGGAGAGAGGACCCGGAAGUUGGGGUGGUGACCUCCAAGCACGUGAUGAGGGGCCCGGCGGGCGCUGUCACGUGACCCGCCCACCUGCGGUACCUCCGAGCCGAAUUUGCAGCUGCUCUUAAAGUGUCGCAGACCCUCAGCCGCCUGGCUGGAGCCAGUCCUGGACUCUCGCUGACUUGGAACCCUUCGCGGGACCUGAGCUUGAUGCCAUGGGAGGCUGUGCGGGCUCGCGGCGGCGCCUCUUGGAUUGCGAGGGGGAGGAGACCGCCCCGGAACCUCGGUCCCCUCUGUUGGACCGUCAGGGCGCCCUUUGGAGGAACGUGAUGGGCUUCUGGCUCCUGGGCCUUUGUAACAACUUCUCCUACGUGGUGAUGCUCAGCGCUGCGCAUGACAUCCUUAGCCACCAGAGGGCAUCUGGGAACCAGAGCCAUGUGAACCCGGACCCACCCCUCACCCCCCACAAUAGCACCUCUCGAUUUGACUGCAACUCCGUCUCCACGGCUGCAGUGCUCCUGGCAGAUAUCCUCCCCACCCUCGUCAUCAAAUUGCUGACUCCCCUGGGUCUGCACCUGCUGCCCUACAGCCCCCGGGUGCUCGUCAGUGGGAUUUGUGCCGCCGGAAGCUUCCUCCUGGUUGCCUUUUCUCAUUCAGUGGGGACCAGCCUGUGCGGUGUGGUCUUGGCCAGUAUCUCAUCCGGUCUGGGGGAGGUCACCUUCCUCUCGCUCACCGCCUUCUACCCCAGGGCUGUGAUCUCCUGGUGGUCCUCAGGCACUGGGGGAGCCGGGCUGCUGGGAGCGCUGUCCUAUCUGGGCCUCACCCAGGCCGGCCUCUCCCCACAGCACACCCUGCUGUCCAUGCUGGGUGUCCCUGCUUUGCUGCUGGCCAGCUAUUUCUGUUUGCUCACACCUUCUGAGCCCCAGGACCCUGGAGGGGAAGAGGAGGCAGAGACGUCCGCACGGCAGCCUCUGAUAGGCAGCGAGGCUCCGGAGUCAAAGCCAGAAUCCAAGUCAAACCUCUCCCUUCCGGAAAGGUGGACGGUGUUCAAGGGCCUGCUGCCGUACAUCGUCCCCCUGGUGGUGGUUUACUUCGCGGAGUAUUUCAUCAAUCAGGGGCUGUUUGAGCUCCUGUUCUUCCGGAACACGUCGCUGAGUCACGCUCAGCAGUAUCGCUGGUACCAGAUGCUCUACCAGGCCGGCGUCUUUGUUUCCCGCUCUUCUCUCCGCUGCUGUCGCAUCCGCUUCACGUGGGUCCUGGCCCUGCUGCAGUGUCUCAACCUGGCCUUCCUGCUGGUGGACGUGUGGUUGAGCUUCCUGCCCAGCAUCUACCUUGUCUUCCUGGUCGUUCUGUAUGAGGGGCUUCUCGGAGGUGCUGCCUACGUGAACACCUUCCACCAGAUUGCCCUGGAGACGAGUGACGAGCACCGGGAAUUUGCCAUGGCGGCUGCCUGUAUCUCUGACACUUUUGGAAUCUCCCUGUCGGGGCUCCUGGCCCUGCCCCUGCACGACUUCCUUUGUAACCUGUCUUGACACUCCGGCUUCUCAGCACACGGGACACACUAAUCUGGGCCUGCGCUGACCGGCGGCCGAGUCAGACCGCAGGCACACAGCCCAGAACUCACCCAUGAGCCCUGCCCCAGGCUUGCCUGAGCGGUUGGGGUGCAGAGACACGCGGCGGUCCCGUUCUCCUUUGAGCGAGCCGGCAGUGUUCGCCCUCUCCCAGGCUGGCCUUGGGGACUGUCUUCGUGGUGUUACAUCCUCAGAAUAAAUGCCUAUUUUAUUAAUUGA